UUGCGUUGUCUGUUUAUUUUCUUUGUUCUCUACAUCGUGAUUCUUGUUAGGCUGGAUUUGAUUUGUUCCUGUGCGGGUCGAUUUAAUUCAUGAACUAGGUUAACUUGCGGUAUAUAUAAUUAAUGUAGGGAUGAAGAUUUCACGCUUUAAGAAGUCACUCAAAACAUUGAAAUUUUUUGUAAUAAAUUUCGAUUACCAUGAACCCUACCAGGUCCUAAUUGAUGCCACGUUUUGUCAAGCGGCUUUACAAAAUAAAGUUAUAAUCGAGGAGCAACUAAAAAAAUAUUUUCAGUCAACUAUAAAAUUGGUAACUACGCAAUGUAUAAUACUUGAGGCUGAAUCCCUUGGGACUCCUCUCUCAGGUGCCACUAUGAUUGUCAAACAAUUUCAUGUGCACAAAUGCGGCCAUGAAGGUAUUCCGGUGCCGGCUUCACAGUGCAUAAAAUCUAUGACACAAGGUGAACGGUACAUCGUAGCUUCACAGGACCGUACUCUGCAAACAAGCCUUAGAAAAGUGCCCGGCAGAUGUUUGCUGUAUUUGCAUAAAGCGACGCCAGUUUUAGAGGAGCCCUCGAAAGCUUCAAAGAAAUAUAUUUUCAAAAAAUCUCAAAAGUUGUUCAGCAGUGAUGUGGAAAAGCACAUUGAACGUUUGAAGCAAAAUGAGGGUUUACAAAAUGAUAUUCUUAACAAGGCACGCAAUAAGCGAAAGGGGCCAAAGAAUCCAAACCCACUAUCGUGUAAAAAGAGUAAAAAGCCAAAGGCUCAGCCAGAAAGUCCACCAAAUUCGAAUGGCCUGAACGAAUCUAGAAAAACGAACAUGAAGAGCAAAAGAAAGCGUAUCAAGAUACCUACACACGUUAAGGCAGCACUUAAAAGCCCUCAAUAAGAAGCAAAAGAGGUGUUGAUAUAUUCAUAAAUGUUAUUAGUAAGUUUAGCACAUAUGUAUAUAUGUUUCAAAUAUGUACAUCUAAUGAAAAGUGUGCCAACAUACAAAUGUAUGGGUGUAUAUAUUUGGACAAAUGUUCGUUCAUAAUAUUUCACAACUAUCUCUAUCAGAAAGAAGAUAUCAAAUAUGUAAAUAUCGUUCAAUAAAUUAUACUUUGUAAACA